CUGCGGGAAGGAGCGGCGAGCGUGCCGGAGCCGGGGCGAGCAGCCUAGAGGCCGGCGGAGUCGCGCCAGGUCUGCGCCGGUCAGGCCUAGUGGUUCGGCACUGUGGCGCCGGCUCCUGCGGGGACGCGCGCUGUGGAGGCGCGGAGGGUCGAGGCGCGGCGGGCUGAGUAAGACCCAAUGGAAAGAGCAUGACAUUUGGAGGCAGAAGAUUUAGUGUUAAAUCCCUGUUCCUUCACUUACUAAUUUGGUGUUUUGGAAAUAUCUUUGCCAAGAUGUUGGUGUUGCAGAUUUGGCUAGUGCCAGCCUUCUUUAUUUUCCUCACUGCUGAGUCUAUGGGUCAACUUCUAGAUCCAUGUGGUUAUAUCACUCCUGAAUCUCCAGUUGUACAAGUUGGUUCUAAUUUCACUGCAGUUUGUGUGCUAAAGGAAAAAUGUAUGGAUUUUUUUCAUGUAAAUGCUACUUACAUUGUCUGGAAAACAAACCAUUUUACUGUUCCUAAGGAGCAAUAUACGAUCAUAAACCGCACGGCAUCCAGUGUCACCUUUACAAAUAUAGCUUCAUUAAAUGUUCAGCUCACUUGCAACAUACUUACAUUUGGACAGAUUGAGCAGAAUGUUUAUGGAAUCACAGUAAUUUCAGGAUUGCCUCCAGAGAAACCUAAAAAUUUGAAUUGCAUUGUGAAUGAGGGAAAGAAAAUGAUGUGUCAUUGGGAUCCUGGAAGGGAAACAUAUCUGGAAACAAACUUCACUUUAAAAUCGGAAUGGGCAACAGAGAAGUUUGCUGAUUGUAAAACAAAACACGACACUCCCAACUCGUGCACUGUUGAGUAUUCUCCUGUGUAUUUUGUCAACAUUGAAGUCUGGGUUGAAGUAGAGAAUGCCCUUGGGAAGGUUACAUCAGCUCAUAUCAAUUUUGAUCCUGUAGAUAAAGUGAAGCCAAAUCCACCUCAUAAUUUAUCAGUGAGCAACUCAGAGGAACUGUCUAGUAUCUUAAAACUGACAUGGAUCAACCCCAGUAUUAAGACUGUUAUAAGACUGAAAUAUAACAUUCACUAUAGGACCGAAGGUGCCUUAACUUGGAAUGAGAUUCCUCCCGAAGAUACAUCGUCUACCCGAUCUUCAUUCACUGUUCAGGAUCUUAAACCUUUUACAAAAUACAUGUUUAGGAUUCGCUGCAUGAAGGAAGAUGGUAAGGGGUUCUGGAGCGACUGGAGUGAAGAAGCCAGUGGGACCACAUAUGAAGAUAGACCAUCUAAAUCACCAAGCUUCUGGUAUAAAAUAGAUCCAUCCCAUCAUACUCAUGGCUAUAGAUCUGUACAACUUGUGUGGAAGACAUUGCCUCGUUUUGAAGCCAAUGGAGAAAUCUUGGAUUAUGAAGUGACUCUAACAAGAUGGAAAUCACCUUUACAAAAUUACAUAGUCAAUGACACAAAACUGACAGUAAAUCUCACAAGUGAUCGUUAUAUAGCAACCCUGACAGCUAGAAAUCGUGUUGGCAGAUCAGAUAUAUCGGUUUUAACUAUCCCUGCCUGUGACUUUAAAGCUACUUACCCUGUGAUGAAUCUUAAAGCAUUUCCCAAAAAUAACAUGCUAUGGGUAGAAUGGACUCCUCCAAGGAAAUUCGUAAAUAAAUACAUACUUGAAUGGUGCAUAUUAUCGGAUAAGUCACCCUGUAUUCCAGACUGGCAACAAGAAGAUCGUACCGUGCGUCGCACCUAUAUAAGAGGGAAGCUAGCAGAGAGCAAAUGCUAUUUGAUCACAGUUACACCAGUAUAUGCUGAUGGACCAGGAAGCCCUGAAUCUAUAAAGGCAUAUCUUAAACAAGCUCCACCUUCUAGAGGACCUACUGUUCGAACAAAGAAAGUAGGGAAAAAUGAAGCUGUCUUAGAGUGGGACCAACUUCCGGUUGAUGUUCAGAAUGGAUUUAUCAGAAAUUAUACUAUAUUUUAUAGAACCAUCAUUGGAAAUGAAACUGCUGUGAAUGUGGAUUCAUCCCACACAGAAUAUACACUGUCCUCUUUGACUAGUGACACAUUGUACAUGGUACGGAUGGCAGCAUACACAGAUGAAGGUGGCAAGGAUGGUCCAGAAUUCACUUUUACUACACCAAAGUUUGCUCAAGGAGAAAUUGAAGCCAUUGUUGUGCCUGUUUGCUUUGCAUUCCUGUUGGUAACUCUUCUGGCAGUGUUGUUCUGCUUUAAUAAGCGAGACCUUAUUAAAAAGCACAUCUGGCCGAAUGUUCCAGACCCUUCAAAGAGUCAUAUUGCCCAAUGGUCACCUCACACACCUCCAAGGCAUAAUUUUAAUUCAAAAGAUCAAAUGUAUUCAGAUGGCAAUUUCACUGAUGUAAGUGUUGUGGAAAUAGAAGCAAAUGACAAGAAGACUUUUCCAGAAGAUCUGAAAUCAUUGGAGCUUUUCAAAAAGGAAAAAGUUAGUACUGAAGGACACAGUAGCGGUAUUGGGGGGUCUUCAUGCAUGUCUUCUUCAAGACCAAGCAUUUCUAGCAGCGAUGAAAAUGAAUGUGCACAAAACACUUCGAGCACUGUCCAGUACUCUACUGUGGUACACAGUGGCUACAGACACCAGGUUCCAUCAGUCCAAGUCUUCUCAAGAUCCGAGUCCACCCAGCCCUUGUUAGAUUCAGAGGAGCGGCCAGAAGAUCUACAAUUAGUAGAUAAUGCAGAUGGCAGCGAUGGCAUUUUGUCCAGGCAACAGUAUUUCAAACAAAACUGCAGUCAACAUGAAACCAGUCCAGAUAUUUCACAGUUUGAAAGAUCAAAGCAAGUUUCAUCAGCCAUGGAGGAAGAUUUUGUUAGACUUAAACAACAGCAGAUUUCAGAUAUUUCACAGUCCUGUGACUCUGGGCAAAUGAAAAUGCUUCAGGAAGUUUCUGCAGCAGAUGUUUUUGGUCCAGGUACGGAGGGACAAGUAGAGAGAUUGGAAACAGCUGGGAUGGAGGCUGUGCUUGAUGAAGGAAUGCCCAAAAGCUACUUGCCACAGACUGUAAGACAAGGGGGCUAUGUGCCUCAGUGAAAGACUAGUUUGUUACAACUUCACAAGUAAAGCUAAAAAUGUAUCUGUGAAUUCAGAUAAAAAAUAAAUCUUCACUCUCUGAAGGUGAUCAUUUGCCCUUAAAGACAAAAAUGUACUGAAUUCUCAAUGGGCUAUUUCCAUUCCAGAAUAUCUGGGAUUCUCUUUUAAGCACUACAUAAACUGACUUUAUCUUCUGAAUAGCUGAAUGACUUUGUGCUGUUUCAGGAUGUUUGCACUGAAGAAAAACAGAAAAAUUGUCUGAAAUUUAUACAGUAAAACUUUUUGUUUUGCUAUACAGAAAACAGAAAGUAAAUAGGAGUGAUAUACUUAGUGAGCACAGCUGUACGGAUUCUGAUGCAGUCAUCAAACAGUGGCUUAGGAAUAGUGAAUAUAAAAAAUUAGGGGAACAAGGUCUAGACUCUCAACUUUGGCUGACAUUAUUGAAAAGAAGUUCAUAGGCUAUAACUGUAUGAGCCCAACCCACCUUUUGUAGUUUGACAAAAAAUGGAGCGUGCCUCCUGUUUAUAUCAACAUAUAAACAGUUCCACUCCUUAAUUCCCUUCCAUUUCAUUGGUAAUGAUGCUGCCACAGUUGUUGCUAGAGAAAAGGAAUUCUGGAGCGUUAACUUGGCAUAUUAAAAAUAUUUUUUAAAUGUAUAAUCAAUUUUUACUAAUUUUCAAAAAUUUCCUGUUAUUGACAACUUUAAAGAUCCAUUUUACAAACUCAGAAGUAGGAACGCCACCUUUGUUUGCCAUUUAUAAAGGCUGAAAUUGUUAACAUUUUCUCUGCAUCAAUGAAAUACAUAAGGAUCAUUAAUCCUUAAGACUUCAGAGAAUUUGGUGAUGAAGCACUUUACAGAGUAUGUUUUCAGUUUAAAGUGUGUUUGGAUUUUUUGUUUGUUCACCACUGUUCAGAGGCAAAACCGUAUUGAGUAUACUUCGUUUUUAUUUUUAAAUAGGUCAAGAUUUAAAAAUUUUCUAAUAUGGGGCAGCGCCUGUGGCUCAAAGGGGUAGGGCACAGGCCCCAUGUGCCAGAGGUGGUGGGUUCAAACCCAGCCCCGGCCAAAAACUGCAAAAAAAAAAAAAUUUUUUUCUAAUAGGUGUUUGAAGCAAAUGAAGUUAGAGGACUUGGGCAGUAUAUACCAAAACAUUGAACUUAGCAAAUAUCUUUAUUGUAGAGACACUGAAAAAAGAGAUAGUGCUUUAAAUCCUGUGAGUUGUAGAGGUAGGAUGGAACUUAAUUCUAUAUUGUGAUUUAGGAUUUUUUAUACAUAUAUAUAUAUAUAUAUAUAUAUAUUUGUUUUGUUUUGUUUUUUUUUUUUGAGAUGGGGUCAUGCCAUGUUGUCCAGGCUAGAUGUGAAUUCCUGGGCUCACGUAAUCAUCCUGCCUCAGCCUCCCGGAGACUACAAGCCACUGCACCUAGCUGAUUUUGGAACAUUUUAAACCUCUUCUCUUCUUCAGGAGAGAAGUAACCCAGACUUCCAAAGUUUAGUACUGAAGCCACUAAUGUAUUUUUGCUGUCCCCUGAUGACCACAUGUGACAUGGAGGCAAGGGCUAAAGAUGGGGGCUGAGGAAGUAAGAGGAAGCAUCAUUAGUGGUUGACUAUUGCUAGUAAGUGGGUUCACAGGAAGCAGGUUUGUUUUUCUGUCAUAAUUAAGUUACAGAAACCAGGUAGAUUUAAAAUAGUUUUGAAGGUUUUUGAAGAAUAAGACUAAGAAAACUUGGUAUACAUUUACAACCGAAAUAUAAUUCUAGUUUUUACUCAGAUUAUUCAUGUUAGAUCCUGUUUAUCUUUUGUAUUCUUGCAUUUAUAUAAUGCGUAAUACUUUGCAGUUUGUACACAUAUAUGGUCUUUGAGUAAAUGCUUUAUUCUGAUAUAUUCAAUUUCCUACUUUAGGCAAAAGUAGAUUGGUAGAAUAAGGAAGAUGAGGGACAGAGAGACUCAAAUUCACACAAGAUAAUGGCACCACCACCGUUACCUUGGACAUCAAACGCUAGGCCCAAUCAGGACUGGAUUUGUCUUGCUGUGUAUGUCAGGAAAUUUUUUACCUGUUACAUUUUCCAUUUCCUCAAAAUAAGUAGUCAUGUUAUUGUAAUUGUGCUUAGCUGUAACCUUCCUCAUAACAAAUAGCUGUAUUGUAAAGAACAUUGUAGUGUGAAAUUUGUACAUUUGGGGGUCAGUUAUAAAAUGUGAACUCGUAAUCUGAGGGAAUGAAAAUGAAGGAUCCUUGAAGAAAGGACUCCAUAUAAGCAGAUUUGCAUGUUAAACCUUUAUAGAGCAUGGUACAGUAAGUGCCCACAGCCACAAGGGCACUUUAGAUGUUAAAUGGAUAUGUGAAUACUGUGCAGAAACUCACUCGGGAAAUGAAUAUAUAUUUCAGCACUAAUAUGUAAUGUACAUCUUUGCCCUAAAGAGAAAAGCAAUCAUAAAACUUGCUUUAAACACAAGUUUACUCUCCUGGAGCAUGUCUUAGUAGAAUCGAUUUUCACGCACGUAACUGUACUUUAGGUAGGCAGGGAAACAAAUCUGGUUUAUUUAUGUAAAAACUAGUCUAAUAAAGUUAGUGGUUUAUUACUCUUUAAAUCGUUUUUUUUUUUUUUAAUUGGGAAAAAGAGAUUUUUCUUUCUUCCCAAAAUUACACCAACAUAAAGCAAAGCUCUAGUUGCUGCGAGCGUGUUGUGUAGGUGUUAGCAGACUGCCGUCACUUGCCCUCACUGGACAACCCCAAGGAAAGGAUGGUUUACUCUUAAGAUGUCAUUUAAAGUAAUACCAGCUUGUCAGAAAACAGCCUGCUUGUGGUCAAAACCAAUUCACUGCUUCUACAACCGCCAUUGCCCCUUCUCUGUGAUCAGAAAAUAAUGGUCCAGAUGUCUCGUGUGUUGCUGUUGUAAUUUGACUGUCUGUUACUGGUCUCUGGUACCCUGCUGUCAUCUCAGGAAAGAAGAAGAGUGCUGGAUAAUAGAAAACUUUAAAACUUCGGAAAUUUUACUGAUUAAAACCUAAAAUCAUAAUCCUUUUUUUAACAUGGAUCAGUCAGCAUUUGAAUAAUCAACAUUUGAAUAAAAGCAUGGAGGAAAAGCAAAAUCAUUAAUAUUCUCUCUUUCCUACCUAGCUGUUCAUCUAAUUUCAGCAUUACUCCUUGGUCAGGGAUUUUACCACAUGAAGUCAUCCAAUGACCGUAACUCUUACUGUGACAUUAAAGGUUAAUGAAGUAUAUUUACAAAACAUUUAUUAAAGCUCAUGUUUAAAGUAGAGCAUCUAAAGUAGUCUUAGAAAUAUACAUAAAGAUGUCUUUCUGUUCACAUAGUUAACUAGUUAAAAUCAGUAAAUGUAAAAGUAGAAUAACCAUCUAGAACUCCCAAAGUAUUUCUCUUUACUGGCAUGUACUGACCAAGCAAAUCAAGCAAAAGAGAACUUCCUCCUAUUCUAUUCUACAACAUUCUCCAGUUACCAUUAAGAGCAAAUUUCUAAAGCAUACGUUUCUGUUUCAGUAAGGUUUUAUUUUGUUGAGUAAAACAUCAAAGCAAGCUACAUAAAAUUUAAAGUUCAGUUCAAAAAUACUGGAAUAGCUUUCUAUUGUAGAUAUUAAAUUAUAUUGCUUGGAUAAGACACUUUAAAACUUUUUUGUACUUUUCACUAAGUUAAAAGAAUAGGGAGCCAUAAAAUGACAAGAUAUUUAGAAUUAGCCUAAAAUUGGACAGUAUUACCUUGUCAAAGAAGUUAUGAACUAGUAAACCAAGCCUGUAGCCUGAUUCUUCUUUGGACUGGUCUUUGGCAACAGUUUCUUUUCGGCUAGUUUAUAAAUAAUUCAGAUGUCAAACUUUCCAAAGUCAAAGUAACAUGUUUUGGAUUAAUCUUUUUUUCCCCACCAUAUAGGAUACCAGUAUAUAUUAGCAUAAUAUUCUUAUGUAAGUUGCAUUAAAAAGGUGACAGUUCAGGUGAGCUCUUCCGUUACUCAUUUGUUCCUAAUGUUUAAGGGCUUUUUGCAGUCAAUGGUUCCUGCAAGUGGGUUAGAUUAACUCCAUUACUCAAUUGUUAAAGUUGAUGGAUUAUGAUGAAACACAUUUACAGCCGAUGGUGAUAGAUGUUCAAAAUGUUUUGUCCCUGGAACACAAGCUUUAUCUGAAUAACUACAGGUUUCAAAUGCUAUGAGAUAAACAUCAAAAUUUGAUGUUCCAGAAACAAAGGGAUAUUUUAAAGGUAGAUAUUUGAAAAUUCUUUACUCUUAAUGUAUAUGUAUAUUGAGUAAUACACUCUAAAAAUAAAUGUGCAAUCUGCUAGGACAAUACAGUGAUUAGCAUUAGGUGUAUCUCCUUUUCAUAUCCAAGCUAUGUCCCAUUCCCUUUCAAGUGCAAUCCUUUCACAUUUCACUGGCAGUUUUACCCCACCUAACUUCAUUUGGAAAGCACGUCUAGAGUAUUGUAUUUUUAUCUUUACAGUGAAUUGCAUGUGUUAAUUGUAACCACAGUUAUCAUUUUUAUGUUGACAUAACCCAAUGUUAUCGUAAGCGUUCUAUUAUAUACUAGCUCUAAUCCUUUAAGUCAAUUUUAAGAAAUAAAUUCCUAUUCAAAUUUUUUUGUGUGGUCAC